AUGUUCUCGUGGAUGGUGGUGCGGAGGAAAGGGCGAGGCGGUUACGUCAUAGCCCAGGUCAGAAAUACUUACCGCUGCACAGCAAUCGGCUCCGUCUUGGCUCCGUCCAUGAUCAUCCUUUCCACUUUGCGCCACCCCCGCCAUGGCCAACUGCUCCGGCGCCACUGGUCCUCGUUCACACGCACCGAAGAGGCGCUGACGAUUGACGGGCUCGGCCGCUUUCCCUUCCGAUGGCUCCGCGAUUCGUGCCUUUCACCUGAAUGUGUGCAUCCCAGCAAUUCCCAGAAGCUGCAUCGCUCGUCCGAUAUACCACACGAUAUUCAGCCGGCUACCGAUGGUGUGCGGCUUGCUGACGGGCAGCUGCACAUUCGGUGGAAGGAUGGUCACCAGUCGGUGUUUCCGAGGGACUUUCUCGAGCGGCAUUCUUCAAGAGAGCGGCUGAAGGCAUUCCAUAACGACGUGGAAGAAGUGCCAUGGGUGGCGGAGAACAUAGCUGGCUCAUCCAGUCUAUUCGUUGACUACGAGGCGCUGCAGGGCAAGACGGGCUUACGGACAGCCAUUGACCAGCUGUGUAGUCGGGGCUUGCUAUUCGUCAAAGGUGUUCCUAAUCAAGAGACUAGCGACGCCAACUGUGAGCUGCGAAAUCUCGCUGAACGCUUCAGCCAGAUCCGCGACACGUUUUAUGGGCCAGUCUGGGAUGUCGUCAACUUGCGCGACAGUACCAACAUCGCGUUCACCAACUUAUACCUCGGCUUUCACCAAGACAUCCUGUACUUUAAAAACCCGCCCAAGUACCAGGCCCUGCACUGUCUGCGUAACCGCGUGAUUGGCGGGGCCUCUCUCUUCGUCGAUGCCUUCCACGCCGCCCAGAAGCUCCGCCUCGACAGUCCUGAGCUUUUUUCUGUGCUCGCUACCACGCCGGUGCCGUUCCACUAUAUCGUGGAUGGACACCACCUCCAUCACACCCAUCCCACGAUAGAGCUCACCCCCGCGGGCGAGAUCUCCCAGAUAAACUACUCCCCGCCCUUCCAGGCCCCGCUCCACAUCGAUACCCCGGCCGUAUUCUACACUGCCCUCGCCGAGUUUGCCCGGUUGCUCGGAGAGGAUGGCCGCAUGUUCGAGUAUACCCUCAAAGAGGGCGACGCCGUCAUAUUCGACAACCGCCGGGUCCUACAUGCACGCACCGCUUUUGCGGAUAAAGAAGGCGGCGAGGGAAAGGAGGGCGAGCCAAAUCGCUGGCUCAAGGGGUGCUAUUUCGAGGCAGACACCCUGCUCGACCGCGGACGCAUGUUGCGCAAAGCGUUAUGA